AUGGGUCGAGAUAAUAGCCGUUCCAUUCCUGAUAACCCAUCAUCAAAUGUCGAUAUCUCUAAUUCGAAGAUUCAUUAUUACCUCAUGUGGUUGGUUGGAGCUGUGACCACUCAAUUGAAUAAACACAAAGUAACUCCAGUGAACACGAAUGUUAAGAAAAGGAAAUGUGUGAAAAGGGGGAGUAAUAUUGGAGAUAAUGACUUUAACCAUCAGAAGAUCUCAAAUAGAGAGACAUCUAGUCGUUGUUCUAGGAAAGGUGAUGGCAAGGAAAAUUCCUUCCUCUCAUGUGGUAAGUGUGGUAAACACAAUCUAGAGGAGUGCCUGUACGACCCAGGUAGUUGUUAUAGUUAUGGAAAAAGUGGACAUAAGGAGAAGGACUGUCCAGUGGCAUCUAGAAAAAGGAGAGGAGAGUGCUUAGUGGAGUUGGAUGCUUGCUAUAGGUGUGGAAAGCCGGGUAAUUAUGUAAGGGAGUGUAGGAGUGGUACUAGACCUCAGGGUCUGGCCCAGACUAUAGGUCAUCCUGAUCAAAGUGCUACUACAUCGGAUGGUGGUCGGUACCAAGAAAGAUCAUAUGCCUUUUAG